UGCUCAUUUUUUGGUAAAAUUAUGCUUGAUUUUUGGUUGGUUCAGCUUCUUUCCUGAAAAGCAGUGAGAAACACACUUCCAGUGUGGCUCUGUUUUUGGAAAAUCAACCAGAAGACUCAUUUGUCUCUCCAGGAGAAUAAACGCAGCUUCAGUGCAUCUGCGGUGCUGACUGUAAUCCACGUGUGGCCGCAGGGGGGCGCUGUAGGGCAGCAGUAAUCUCACCUGAGUUAUUACUGGACCCUGGACCUGAUUGGUCCGUCACAGUUUUCAUGCCCUUCAUAUUUGGGUCAGCCGAAGCGCAGCGGGACGGCCUGCUGCUGACCUCCACCAAACUGGGACCUUCAUCUGGAUUUAAUGGAAAUCUUCUGCUCUGUUCUCCACUGUGCGUAAACUGGUUCGAUUGAAAAAAAUCCUCGACAUCAUGUCCAGCAGUGCUCUGGUGAAAACCCUGGAGGACCUGAGCCUGGAUUCGGGCUACGUGGUCGGAGAACCGUGUCCGUCCCUCAGCCUGUCCUCCUCCGGCAGGUCGAGGCGGUCUCAGCCGCACACCAGCCCUCCUCCUCGGAGCACCUGGUGGCAGCACGCCGGCUCUCUGUACAGCAGGAACGGCAGCUGGGACACGGUGAGCACGCUGCCGGAGGACGCGGCGGACAUCCUUGCCAAGUGUCCCUGCCUGCCCGAGCUGGAGGAGUAUCCCUGGACCGAGCAGGAGCUGCGGGAAGUCGUGCGUCGAGUCGCCGGCUCGGAUGCGCCGUUCACGGGAGACGCUGUCCAUCGGCUGUCCGUCCUGCUCCGGAGGGCUCUGGUGCGGAUCUCCCAGGAGGCGCAGCGGCUGAGCGAGCUGCACAGGCGGUGCACGCGCCUGGAGGUGCAGAGCGCGGUGAGGCUCGUGCUGAGCUGGGGUCUGGCCGAGCGGUGCGUCUCCUCGGCGGUGAGGGCCGUGUCUCUGCACUGCAUGAGCUCCGGGGACACCGCGCGGCAGCGCAGCAAGUCCGCGCUCUGCGGACUCACUCUGUCCGUGGGCCGCUUCUUCAGGUGGAUGGUGGAAACACGCGUGUCGGUGCGCGUGCACGAGUACGCGGCCGUCUGCCUGGCCGCCUCCGUGGAGGGUCUGAUGGAGGAGGUGGUCGGCCGGGCGCUGCAGGCGGCCAGGCUGACCGCGGAGCAGGAGGAGCAGGACCGCGGGCUCACCUGCUGCCAGGUGACCGCAGAGCUGCUGGACGGAGCCGUGAAGAACGACGCGGAGCUGUGGGGGCUGCUGCAGGUCUACGAGCAUCUGAUGUGUGGAAAAAAUGCCCAUGGUGAGCUGUCGUUGCCGGCCCACGUCAGCCCCUACACAAAGGUUCCUGAGGAUUCGAUGGAGAGCCGGGAGGACCCCUACAUCCAGCUGGAGCUGCGAACGCUGGAACAGGCUCUGCUCACCACCUGUGUGGGCAGCAUCGCCGAGCUCAGUGAUCUGGUGUCUCGAGCGAUGCAUCACAUGCAGCGUCUGCGCAGCUCAAGCCCUUCCAUCAGCCCCGCCCGCUCAGCCAAUCAGCCGUCAGUGUCCUGGGCGCCGGACGCCCUCCGAACGCUCUACUACUUCCUGUCCAGCCUGGAGAUGGAGUCACUGGAAAAUCCCAACCUGGAGCCUCCGACCAUGAUGCUGAACAGAGAGAGACCCUUCCUGCUCCUCCCUCCUCUCAUGGAGUGGAUCAGAGUGGCCGUGGUGCACGCCGAACAUCGCCGCAGCCUAUUGGUGGACAGCGAUGAUGUCAGACAGACAGCCAGGCAGCUCCUCCCAGGACUGGACUGUGAGCCCAGACAGCUAAAGUCCGAGUGCUGUUUCCAGUCGUUCAAAUGUUUGGAUGCAGGAGCUGCUUCGGCCAGGUUCCAGCUGGGUUUGGGCUUCAGGAUGCUCUCGUGCGGCCGAGCAGAUCUGGUCCAUCAGGCCACGCAGCUGCUGGGAGCUGAGGGGGUGAACACCAUGGAUGACCAGGGAAUGACUCCUCUGAUGUACGCCGCUGCGGCCGGAGAUGAGGCUCUGGUGCAGAUGCUGGUAGAGGCCGGAGCUCACCUGGACCUGCAGGUCCCAGGCUGCUCCGCCAGACACCCUUCAGUUCACCCCGGCGGCCGGCGCUGGGUGGCUCUGACGUUGGCGGUGCUGCACGGUCACCUGUCUGUGGCUCAGCUGCUGCUGGAGGCCGGAGCGGACGUGGAGGGUGGAGCCCUGCUGGACGGUCAGGAGAUCGCAGCCGAGACGCCGCUGCAGCUGGCUGCUGCUGCAGGUCACUACGAGAUGGUGAGCUUGCUGCUCGCUCAUGGAGCAGACCCUCUGCUCAGAGUGCAUGAUGGGAGCUCACUGACGUCGCCGCUGCACGAGGACAUGAACUGCUUCAGCUACGCUGCGGCGCACGGUCACAGGAACGUCCUGAGGAGGCUGCUGCUGCAGCCCCAGCACAGGAAGGAGGACAUCCUCUCUCUGGAGGAGAUCCUGGCUGAAGGAGUGGAGGAGGACGAGGAGGACAACCGGGAUGCAAAAACGGUAGCCCCCAACUGCCUGAGUCCUGUCCCCAGACCGUGUAAGGCCAGGAUGAAAGCCCUGCAGCAGGCCGCCUACUACAGCGCAGAGCACGGUUACCUGGACGUAACCCUGGAGCUCAGGGAGAUGGGUGUCCCCUGGAGGCUCCACAUCUGGCUGCAGUCCCUCCUUAGAGCCCGGGAGCUGUGCAGGGACAAAGUCAUCGUCUCCCUCCUCACAGAGUUCCCCUCCAUCAGGGCGGAGGACUACAGCCCUGAGCUCCUCUCCACCGGCGUGCCGCUCAUGUUCAACAUGCUAGAAACCAGCAAGGACUACGUGGUCACCAAGCGGCUGGCGUCCGUCUUCUCUCACUGCUACGGCUGCUCUCCUGUUCCUCCCGUCCCACCCAUGGACAUCACUCUGUCCACACAGCUAGAUAUUCAUUUCCUGAACAACCAGGAGAUGUCCGACGUGACCUUCAUGGUGGACGGGCGUCCGUUCUUCGCUCACCGGGUGCUGCUGAUGUCGGCUUCUGAACGGUUCCGACAGAUGCUCUGCGAUUCCCCUGAUGACGUCAUCCACAUCAGUCACAUGACCUACAGCACCUUCCAGAUGAUGAUGAAGUCUCUGUACUGUGGAGGGACCGAAGGACUGACGGUCUCGCAGUCUGAAGCCAUGAAGCUGCUGCCAGUGGCGUCUUUCUUCCAGCUCAGAGCGCUGCAGAGGUGCUGUGAGACGAAGCUGUCCCAGACUCUGACCCCGGACACUGUCGUCGACGUCUACAAGGCCGCCAAGCUCCACGGAGGAGCUGAACUCUGCAGGUUCUGUGAAGGAUUCUUCCUGCAGAACAUGGAUCGGCUCCUGGAGCGGGACGACUUCCACCGCCUGCUGCUGGGCGCCGUCGGUCAGGAGCUGCUCCGCCCACAGGACCAGGAUCCGUCGCUUCUCCUCAGGGUUUUGGAGGCCACGCUGAUACGCAGACUUUCCAGCCUCCACGCCGCAUGUCGAGAGUAGAAACAACAGAGCACCACCUGCACCACCUGGACUGUGUUCAGGACGCUGUCUGAAGUCGUGUUUCUGGGAACAGGAGCCAUUUAGUGUGUUUCUACCUUUCAUCAUGUUAGAAUACAAGUUAAAUCCUCAAGUCAUUCAUCUUUUUCAUUAACCUGACUCAAGAGGACAGACUGGUGAUCCAAACGAAUGACAGUUUUGCUGAUCAAAGUCAUCAAGUGAAAUAAAAAAUAAUGCAAAUAAUUUGCUUUGUCCUGUUACCAUAAAUCGUUUUUGUUUGUUUCUUAGCCUGCUGCUCAGAAAAAUCAACUUUACUAUUUUUUAAUCGAGUUUCUUUUUUAAGUGAUUGAUUAUUUUCACUUGGCCUGACUUUACCUGGAAGCUCGUGUUAAAACUGUUUGUUUAUGGCCACAGCUUAGUUAGCCUGUAAAGAUGAACGUUAACCUCGAGGCACAAAGUUUCCUUAUCAUGAAGCUUGUUAAGUUGAGCCUCAGUCUUAAAGCGAGGCUACAGCGAAGAGACAAACUAGAAGAUCACAGCGUUGUUGAAGGGCCGUGCUGGCUGGCCAUACUGUUACUGUAUUGAAUUAUAAAUAAACAUGAUAAAAUG